AUGAAUCCAACCACUAGUAAAGAUGAUGCUCUGCACUCUCUGGAGGAGGCUCAGGCUGCGUCGGCUGCGGAGCAUUCCACCACCCUGCGGCAGGCUCUGCGCGAGAACUGGAAAGCAGUCUUGUGGUCUGCCGUGAUCUCGCUGACUAUUGUCAUGGAGGGAUAUGACCAGAGUCUCAUGUCAAAUUUCUUUGGCUACCCGACAUUUCAACGCAAGUUUGGAUCAUAUUAUCCAGCGCAAGACACUUGGCAACUCACUGGAGCUUGGCAAGCCGGUCUUCAAAACGGCACCAACUCUUGUGUGGUAAUCGGGGGCUUCAUCAACGGGUGGGCAUCAGCUCGCUACGGCUACAAGAGGGUCCUUCAAAUCUCACUCGCACUGAUGACUGGCUUCAUCUUCAUCUCCUUCUUUGCCGUCCGGAUUGAAAUGCUCCUCGUCGGCCAAAUGCUUUGCGGCCUUACUUGGGGUGUCUACGCAACUAGCGGGCCGGCCUAUGCCUCCGAGGUGGCUCCCCUUGCUCUACGAGGUCAUUUGACCGUCUAUGUCAACCUCUGCUGGGCCAUGGGCCAGUUCCUUUCAGCUGGCGUCCUCAAAGGCAUGCUUGCUUAUACAUCAGAGUGGUCGUGGCGCGUCCCCAUUGCCAUUCAGUGGAUGUGGCCUCUUCCCAUCAUCAUUGCUGUCACGAUGGCUCCUGAAUCUCCUUGGUGGCUCACUAAGCGGGGUCGGUACGAAGAUGCUGAAAUGUCUCUAAUGCGGCUCUCUAACCGAUCUCGCGUUGACUGUCGAGCUACCGUAUCCCAGAUGCGACACACAAUUCAGCUUGAGUCCGAUAUUCAAUCUGACUCCAGCUAUCUCGACUGCUUCCGAGGCGCGAAUCUACGACGAACAGAGAUCUGCAUGAUUGUCUUUGCUGGCCAGCAACUAUCGGGCGCUGUGUUUGCUUAUACGCCAACCUACUUCUUCAUUCAGGCUGGUAUUAGCACGGACAACGCUUUCAAGAUUGCUAUUGGCAGCACAGCAAUGGCUUUCCUUGGAACUUGUGUCUCUUGGAUCUGGCUCUCUUACUUUGGCAGACGAGUGUUGUAUACACUGGGCAUCACCCUCACAAGCUGCUGCCUCAUUAUUGUGGGCAUAUGCUCCGCCGCGUCGUCCACCUCAGGCGCCCAAUGGGCUCAAGUCUCGUUUGUCUUGGUCUGGAAGCUCGCCUACUCCAUGACGGUCGGGCCCAUCUGCUACGCCAUCAUCUCCGAGACAUCCGCGGUCCGUUUGAGACCCCAGACUGUGGUGAUUGCAAGGAACACCUACGCCAUGGCCCAGAUUGUGGCCAAUGUUCUCAAUCCCUACAUGCUCAACCCCAUCGAGUGGAACUGGAAGGGCAAGGCUGGUUUCUUUUGGGCGGGAACUUCGGCCAUUACUGCCAUCUGGUCAUACUUUCGACUUCCUGAGACUAAGGGUCGAACAUACGAGGAACUUGAUAUUCUGUUUGAGAAGAGGGUCAAUGCGAGGAAGUUCAAGGAGGCAUCUGUGGAUGCAUAUGGCCUGGAGCAUUAA